AUGCUCAAGUGCUUCGAUUUCUGCCUGAAGGAGAACAAGGUUAAGGUGGAUGAUGUGUAUAAAGGCAUUGUAUCGUCUCUCCACAUUAUGGACAUGAUGGACACUCCGAAGCGCUAUGAGGUGGCGAAGGUUAUCAUCAAUCAUCUUAUUGAGAAGGAGUUUAUCUCAGAGGAGGUACUGAAGAAGAAGUUGAGCGAGGUUCCAAGUGGUUUGAACUUGGACUGAGCUGUGCAGAGUAUCUGGGAUGCAA